CACUUCGCCUACCAUGGCUGACACAUACCUUUCUUUCUUGCGCUCGCCAACCGAGUCUGCGCUUGCAUCUGAUGCUGCCCUUCAUUACAUCACCACUACUACCUCAAUCCACGACUCUGCCGCCAUUUUUAAGCACUACCAGGCUCAAGAGAAGGUCCUUAAGAAGAAGUCGGAAAAUGUCUUGAGCUCUUACGGUAGCUCCGACGGUGCCGUCGUCGAGACCGACACCACCUUCGAGUUCAUCCGCGGAGGCGGCGCUAUCCUUCCUCAGAUGGAUGACAACAUGCUGGCCGACUCAGUCGCUACUCUCCCCAUGCUUCCAAUUCUUACACACAUCAGNGUACACGUCGUCCAAUACAACGCGCAAGGCAAGAUCAGCCAGAUCAGACUCUACUGGGAUCAAGCAACCAUGCUUAGACAGGUUGACGCCAUUGGCAAAAGCGGUCGCAACUGGCCCAUCCGCGACGGCACCAACAUGAUCAAGACUAUCAAGAACAGCAUCAACAACGCCGGCUCCACUACUGCAUCUCUGCCCACACGCCCCGCCUCGAACGACGUAAGCAGAUCGACCCAGUCGCAAGCCGGCGCCCGUCAGAACGGUGACUUCCACGCUCGCUUGUUCGCCACUGGUGAGGGUCAGGAACCCCGUAGCCAGGCCAACGCCAACCCUGAAUAUGCUGUUCGUACAUCGGCCAAGCCCGCUCCUCGUCAAAUGGAUGAAAUCUUCGCAAACGGUAGUUCUAACGAAGGUUACAAGCCCGAAGGAAAGCCCAAGGCCGGUUCUGGCAAGAACUUCCAAGACAACCGUCUCUUCGACGAGAACACACAGCCUCAACGAAUCCUGUCUCCCGAAAGCAAGAAGAUCGACCCCAGAAAAUAUGACCAUUUCGAGUUCUCCACAGCCGAGGGUGGUGCUUCUGCUUCCGAUCUUCACAGACGCAAGUCCACCAAAGGCUCGACGCACACCAGCAACUGGGACUUCCAGGAUUUCACCACUCCCGAGAAGCACAAGCCUAGACCCAACCCUGAGCAGGAGCGUCACAUUGGUCCUGGUGUAGAUGAGGAUCAAAUCUCUCCCGAGAAGCGCCCUAUUGUUCAUGCUGCUCGUCCGGAUGCCAACGCUCACUUCGAGAUUUCGGAUGACAGUCCUGCUGGCCCCAAGGCACCGUUCAGCAACCACACUAAUGUCGACAAGUCCAGACGUGGUGAUGAGUACCAACCUCACUUCAACAUUGGACAAUCGGAUGGUCCCAAGAAGAUCUACAAGACUGCAGGAAACGGAAUGGGCGGUCGUGCUGGCGCUCCCACGCUCUGGGAUGAGCCCGAAGAAGCCGCUCCUGAGAAGCCAAUCUACAAGACUUACGGCAACGGCAUGGGAGGACGCAGAGACGGUGGCCUUUCUUGGGAUAUCGGUGAUGAGGGCGACAGCUCCAGACAACCCGCCAUCUACAAGACACGAGGCGAUGGUAUGGGAGGUCGCCGCGACAAGAACGCCACCACUGAGAACGACGCUGUCUCGGGCGCCAAGGGUUAUGCAUCUUCAGCACGCGCUCAGAACUACCACUCUUCUCAAAGAGAUGACGAAUAUGAGUUC